AUGGAUCAGACCAAGGUCCAACGACACAGCACUAUCAUGCAAUACAUUUCUUCCGAGACGUGGUCGGAGAUUCUCGCAUUUUGUGGAGAUCAACAUUCAUUGUCCACGUUUUUCAAGGCCGUGUGGUCCAUUAGUCUUCAUAGAUACUUGGAAAAAGAAGAGCUGCACUUUGCCGUGAAGAGUGAUUGGGAACAACCUUCUGGGUUGAAUGGCGACGAUCAAGUAAAGAUGUGGCGCGUGAGAAUCACCCCACAUAUGGCGAUACGAGACAUCUUUGAGAAUCCAGCAGUGAUGGAACUCAUCACUGGAGAGUCGGAGAUCGAAUCGGAAACGACGAACGCUUUAUGGUUGACAGUGAGGCAGAGUCACGCGGGAGAGAAUUUGUCCCAGCUGAUCGCCAGUGGCAAUGGGUUCUCUAACUAUGACUUUUUACUGUGUAUUUCAGUCGCAGGUGAGGCUCCAACAUUCGUGAUUCAUCACCCAGAAUCGCCUCGAUUGGAACACCAAGCGCAACAUCUCGCAUCCACCGUCCGGCAAGUCUCACAAAGCCUGAUCAGAACUCUGAGCGCUAGCGUGAAAGAUGUGGUUAUAGUAGACCAGGAUGACAUUUUCACCAUCUCGCAGGGCAAUGGAAGAAGCGACUUUGAGCCCGGAAAUGUGACGAUCGCAGAUGUCAUCCACCAGCAAGCCCUGAACCGUCCAGAUGAUUUGGCGGUUGGUGCCUGGGACGGGAAGCUGACAUACCGUCAGCUUGACAACCUUACUAACUGCAUUGCGGUAUAUCUGCGACAGAAGGGGGUCAGAGCUGAGGUCAUGGUGCCUGCAUGCUUUGAGAAGUCCGUUUGGGCGAUUGUCGGGGAACUUGCCAUUGCGAAGGCGGGCGGUGCUUUUGUGCCAAUGGACCCGGCGCAGCCCCGACACCGCUUACAAGACACUGUUGAACAGACUAACGCCGUUCUGAUUGUGACCUCUGCGUGGCACACUACACGUAUGUCUGAUUAUGGAUUACCAGUUGUUACAAUUUCCUCACAGCUUUGGCCAAUUGAUGACUCUAUUCAGACCAGCCCGCCUCCACGGACAGGCGGAGCCCACAGCGCUGCAUAUGUCUUCUUCACCUCUGGGAGCACGGGAGCUUCCAAAGGGUGUGUCGUCAGCCAAUAUGCGCUGGGGGACAUUGCAAGUCAUUGUGAAGCACUACAUCUCUUACCGCAGAGUCGAGUGCUUCAAUUCGCCUCAUACACUUUUGGCGUAUCUUUGAUUGAGAUUUUCUGUGCCCUCUCCAGCGGAGCCUCAAUUUUUAUCCCAUCUGAACAGGAUCGCCUGAGCAAUCUCAUGGGCUAUAUGCGCGAGAUGAAAAUCAAUUGGGCGUUUCUGACACCGUCGACGGUGAAUGCCAUCGAUGAUCCAACUCUAGUGCCGCAGUUGGAAACACUGAUCCUCGCCGGGGAACCCAUGGGCCAACACCAUAUUGAUAAAUGGGCAUCUCAAGUCCACCUGUAUCAAGCCUAUGGACUCACAGAAUGGGCAGGUAUCUGCGCUGUCUCAGCGCGCAUCAAAGAUGGAUCCAAUGUAGAGCACAUCGGAUUAUCGUCCCCGACAGCCGAUCUGUGGUUAGCAGAUCCGCUGGACCACAACAAAUUGAUGCCUGUCGGUGCUGUUGCUGAGUUGCUGAUUGCAGGACCUAGUUUAGCACGGGGGUAUCUCAACAACUCAAGCAAGACCGCAGAGACCUUCAUCGACAAUCCGAGUUGGUUGCACCAGAUCCAAUCCAGCCGAGAUCGCCUUGCAUACAAAACUGGAGACCUAGUGCAGUACCAGCCUGAUGGGACCUUUCGCUAUAUUGCGAGAAAGGAUACACAGGUUAAAAUCCGAGGAAAGAGGCUGGAGCUCAGUGAGGUCGAGUACUGCGUCGCGCGGCUGUGUCCAACGGUUACUCGAGCCAUAGCUGAAGCUGUUGUUCCUGAUCGUAGUGGAGAUAUGCCCAUUCUAGUCGUCUUUCUCUUCUAUCCGAGCCUUUUGAACACCCAAGAAGAUGGCGUUGGUCGGCUAUUGGCUCAAGACAACAGCACAUCCUACCCUCAGUUCCGAAAGGAUGUCGCUCACCUGAAGGCGAAGACUCCACAGUUCUUGCAAGAGUACAUGGUCCCAGCUCUCUAUCUCCCACUGGGUUAUCUGCCCCUCACGAUCACAGGAAAAAUUGAUCGACGCCACCUGCGUGAGACGAUGCGCCAGUAUACUCGAGAAAGUCUGGAAUCUUAUAGCUCCGAAAGAUUGGAGAUUAUACUACCCAGUACGGAUACUGAGAUAAUUCUUCAUCGACUUUUUGCCAAGACACUGAAUGUUUCAUUGCAUACAUUUGGUAUACACGACAGCUUCCUACAAUUAGGAGGGGACUCGAUCAAAGCAAUGCGUCUGGCCAGUUUCUGCCGCAACCAUAGCCUGUCUCUAACAGUGACCGAUAUUAUGUCAGAUCAGACAAUCCACAAUAUCCUGACCGAGUCCAAAAACCGAGCACCGCCGCGGCUUAACGAGGUCAUUGUAAAAUCAGACACGGUACCAGACCCGGCUACUGAUAAGAAUGAAUUAAAACUGCCUGACAGCGAAACGAAUCACGUUCUACCCACAUCGUCUACUUACUUUUCACUUAUAAACAUUGGAUCACAAAACCUAGAGCUGUUGAAAAAGUCCCUCUCUCUGCUAGGAAUCCCCGGCGAAGAUGUUGAAGAAGCCUUUCCCUGCUCCUUUGUUCAAGAGGGCAUCUUGCUAAGCCAGGCUCGGCGGCCAGCACAUUACGAGAUGCGAUUCAUAUGGGAAAUUACGUCUACCACCCCCGAGUCCGUCGAUGUGGACCAGCUGCAGUGGGCAUGGUCGAAGCUGAUAAAACUUCAUCCCAUGCUACGAAGCAUCUUUGUUGAAGGGAUGACCACCAGUGGUCUUGCGACUCAGGUCACUUUGAUUGAGGGAUCAUCUGAGGUGAUUGUGGCUCCAUGCAAAGCUGUUACGCCAACAGAGUUGUCUUGUCCAAAUCGACCGCUGGGCCAACGGGGCCGACAAUCAUUACCACAACUAACUCUUUACCCGUCAACAACUGGUCAGGUCUUUGCUCUUCUCGAUAUAAAUCAUGCAGUGACCGACGCAACUUCCAUGUCAAUCAUGAUGCGUGAUCUAGCGAGGUUAUACAGUAGUCCCAAAGACACGCCAGUCCCGAGGCUGAGGUACUCCGACUACAUUUCCUAUCUGCGCAAUGCAUCAACAUGCUCCACCUUGGACUUCUGGAAACUAUAUUUAGCAGAUGCUAGUCCCUGUAUAUUCCCCAGGCGCAACCUCGAAGGAACGAAGGGAGGUGACUCAUCCUGGAGAUCUGUAUCUGUCGAGCUCGGCGACAUCGCUCGAUAUCGACGGUUCUGUGCGGCCACCGGGAUCACCAUCGCCAAUUUAUUCAAGAUAGCCUGGAGUCUUGUACUAUCUGCUUUCACGGCUUCUGGAAAAGUGUGUUUUGGUUAUAUGACUUCCGGACGGGAUUUAUCUCUGAUGGGAAUCGAAGAUGCCGUGGGCCCGUUCAUCAACAUGCUAGUUUGUUAUCUGGAGAUCCACCCGGAGAGGACCUUGCUGGAGACACUGCAGAUAUUGCAAUCGGAGUUUAUCAAGGCGCUGCCACACCAAAGAGUAUCACUUGCAGAGAUUCGCCAUGCCCUCAACCUAGCCAACGAUGAUCCUCUGUUCAACACUACCAUGACUUUCCCGCCGCAGGCGGAAGAAGAAGAGGAAAGGAUGAUUAACAUUACAGAAGUAGAUCGACAGGACCCUGGAGAAUUCGCUGUUGUUGUUGAGGUGAUGGUAACAGAUAGUGAGAUCCAUGCCACUAUAAAGUACUGGAGCGAAUUUCUUUCGGUGUCACAGUCUCGUUCAUUAGCCAGCACGUUCAACCACCUUGUUUUCCAAAUAAUCGAACGUCCAGAGCAGAAAGUCCGAGAAAUCCUGUUUCUGAGUGCAAAUGACGAAGAAUGGAUCCUACAACGGAACCAAGAUGUACCGAAAGUCAGCUCUGUAUGUGUGAAUGAGCUCAUAGACAAACAGAGUAACACGCAACCGAUGUCUACAGCCAUUCACGCUUGGGAUGGAAGCCUUACCUACCAAAAGCUACAAGAGCUGUCGAAUAAUCUCGCCUUACACUUGGUGAGUAUUGGGGUGACAACUGGUUCAUAUGUACCGCUGUGCCUGUCCAGAAGCUAUUGGACUCCGGUCGCAAUGCUCGCUGUGAUUAAGGCAGGGGCUGCAUUCUGCCUUUUUGAUCCAUCUUACCCACUCCAGCGGCUACAAGAGAUCUGUAAUGUUUUGAGACAGCCUCAGACUAUCAUCACAUCAACUGAACACCGCGAACUAGCGGCAGAGCUGGCCGCCAAUCUCGUGGUAAUUGAAAAGCCUCUACCUCCUUCAAAGUGCCACGAACUCCCAGAAAUUACCCCAACGGAUCCUUUGUAUAUCGUUUUUACUUCUGGGUCGACUGGCCAGCCCAAGGGGGUUGUUGUUGAGCACCAGUCUUAUUCAACCAAUGCACAGGCACAUGUUCAAUCAUUUCAUAUAUCUCGCCAUUCACGAGUGCUGCAAUUUUCUGGCUAUUCAUUUGACGUUAGCAUAUUCGAACAGUUGACAGUGCUCAUUGCUGGAGGCUGUAUUUGUAUCCCCUCCGAGGCAGAUCGCUUUAACAACCUUGCUGAUAUAACAAUUCAGAUGGCGGUGGAUUGCAUGUUCCUUACACCCUCUGUCGCGAGGCUGCUGCGCCCUGAACAGGUGCCCAGUCUGAAGACGCUGGUCUUGCUUGGUGAACCGAUGAGCAGCGCAGACGUUGACCAAUGGGCAUCAUCAGUGCAUCUUAUAAACGGUUACGGGCCGGCAGAAGCCACUGUCCUCUGUAGUACUCAGCCGAGCAUGCAUGGCUCUGAUCCGCAAAAUAUCGGAUGGCCCAUUUCUUGUGUCUUUUGGGUCACUAGCCCUGAAAAUCCGCAUCAGCUACUCCCGGUGGGUGCAGUGGGUGAGCUUCUUGUGGAGGGACCGAUCCUUGCGAGAUGCUAUUUCAAUGAUCCAGCAAAAACUGCAUCUUCGUUUAUUCAAGCCCCUAUGUGGCUCCAGAAGUUUCGGGGCACCAGGGUUGACGCAAGUGCACAACGGGUCUAUCGCACAGGUGAUUUGGUGCAAUAUAGCCCCGAUGGAUCAAUCCGAUAUGUUGGUCGCAUGGAUACGCAAGCAAAGCUGCGAGGACAACUCCUCGACCUGAUUGAUAUCGAACAUCAUGUGAAGCUGCUGUACCCGGAUGCUCAUGAGGUUAUUGCCGAUGUUUUACGUUCAGGGCCAAAUGAUAAUUCUCAAAUGCUCAUCGCCUUCGUUGCCCAUUCACCUUUACCUCACAAGCUAAAUUCUCCAGAUGGUCAGAUACUAGGUUCCCCAGACGAUACUGGGUUCCGGAGAGCGAUAGUCUCUAUCCGCCCACGUCUCCAGGAUGUGCUACCCAAUUACAUGGUGCCCACCGUGCUCUUCCCUCUGAAAGAUGUGCCCUUGACAAAAACUGGGAAAACUGAUCGAAAGCGCCUCCGGCAAUUGGUGACAGCUUUAUCGAGCAGCGACAUAGAUCAGUUUACAAGAGACCAGACAACUAAACGACCUCCAGUGACUGCCAUGGAGCGAAGGUUGCAGGUACUAUUUGCCGACGCACUGGCCCUAGAACCAAUCCAAAUAUGUGCCAACGACCAUUUCUUUCAGCUCCGUGGUGACUCCAUCUCGGCCAUGAUAUUGGCUUCCAAGGGGCGGCAAUCGGGCCUUGCUUUCGUGGUAGCGGAUGUCUUCGCCUAUCCGAUAUUGUCUGACCUAGCACGGGUUGUCCAGGAGGUAGAUCAAACGUCAGAAUCAGAUUUUGUACCUCCAUUUGCUCUACUUCCAGAGCCCUGGGAGCGAGCGAACGCAAUAUUGCAAGAGGCAAUUCAACAAUGUCAUCUUACUUCAGAUCAGGUGGAGGAUAUGUACCCCUGCACAGCCCUGCAAGCUGGCAUGAUAAUCCUCAGCUCACGGAAAACUGGGAUGUAUAUCGGGCAGUUCGUUUUUGAUCUCAUUUCCAAUGCGGAUCUAAAUUGCGUACAGACAGCCUGGCAGGCAAUUUUUGAUGCCAAUCCAAUCCUGCGUACCCGGAUCAUUCAAUCUGAGUCAGAAGGUCUCUGGCAAGUGGUUGAGAGGGGGCAUCAAAUAGCCUGGCACCAAGCAUCGUCUAUUGAUAAGUGGCUGGCAGAGGAUCUCAUGCAGCCAAUGAAACUCGGACAACCACUCGUCCGGUUUUCUUUAAUCGGCGACCCUGAACCAGGAUACACCGUAUCCAACAUGGUCCUCACCAUGCACCACGCCAUCUAUGAUCAUUGGAGCUUGGCCCUUCUACUACAUCAGCUCGACGCUGCCCUCCAGGGAAAUUGUCUUCCCACCCAACACUUUAGCCCAUUCAUCAAACACUUGACUACGCAGGACCCCACGUCUGCUAAGGAGUUCUGGUCCUCUGAAUUCGCGGGUGUAGAGUCCUGUCCAUUUCCUACGCCAUGCGCCACAACCGUCGAAGAUGUGGAGGUCAGAAGCACCCUCGAUCGCUCCAUAUCUGUGUCUAUGCCAGACAAUUCGAGAGUUACGCUAUCUAAUAUUAUCCUGUUGGCAUGGGCCGUAGUUGUCUCUGCGCAUACUGACUGCGAAGAUGUCACCUUCGGCCUCACCGUGGCCGGCCGGAGUGCUCCCGUUCCCGGGCUGGACAAGAUGACCGGCCCUACUAUCGCCGUGAUCCCUUUUCGAAUCCGCGUCGAACCAGCCCAGAUGAUUGAGGCAGCUAUAGCUGCAAUCCAGCUGCAUCUUUCUCGCAACAUUGAAUUUGAACAGACCGGGCUACAGAAUAUCCGAAAAAUAAGCCCGGAAGCAGCCACGGCAUGCGAAUUUAAAACUCACAUUGGCAUUCAACCUGCCUUGGAGAUAAAUGCUGCUACCCCAAACAUGCGCCUACGUCCUUUUCAGACGGACUAUUCUGCAUUUGCUAGCUACCCAUUGGUGCUCGUCUGUGGAUUAAAUGCUGACAAUUCUACUAUCGAUAUCCAUGCCAAUUUUUGCCCCUCAGUUAUCUCACGCCAUGAGAUGGCCACCGUGCUCGAUCAGUUUAUCAGCUUGUUGCAUCAGAUAGCAAACCAACCAAGCCAUAACAUUGGUGGCCUUGACCUGGUUACUCAAAAUGACAUGAAGACAUUGCGGUGCUGGAAUGAUGUCAUACCUGCUCCAUCCACGUCGAAUGUUCAUGAUAUGGUCUUAAAUCAAGUUAAAGAGUGGCCCGAUAAACCGGCCAUCAUUACAACUCAGACCACGGUCACAUUUCAAAAACUAGACCUGCUGUCCGAGGAGCUCGCACGGCAACUACAAGGCUUGGGGCUCCAACCCAACUCGAUGGUGCCAUUGUACUUUGAAAAGUCAACAUGGCCAAUUAUUGCCAUGAUUGCUGUUCUCAGAACUGGGGCCACCUGUGUGAAUAUUGACACCGCGUUGCCUGCUAGUCGUGUCCGCGAUAUCUUGCAAGAGACUAAUCCAUCCAUCGCCUUAGUUUCGCCAUCCCAAAAGGACUUUCUUACAGCUCAUACACCCCGCUCAUUGAAAAUCAUUGCAGUUCCAUUGGAGAAUAAAGAUGCUUUGAAGAGGGACACAGCCUGGAUCCCGCCCGUUGUGAGUCCCUCAGCAGCGGCAUUUAUCAUAUUUACCUCCGGCAGUACUGGCAAACCGAAAGGCAUUGUCAUGGAGCAUGGAAAUUUGACAACCAGCAUUCGCCACCAUAGCACUGCUAUGGAGAUCAGCUCCACUACCCGAUCAUUGCAUUUUGCCGGAUAUGCCUUUGAUGCUAGUAUCUACGAAAUAUUUACCACUCUAGCAAAUGGCGGUACGGUAUACGUAGCGUCGGAGCACGAACGCAUCAACGAGUUAGCGGGUUUCAUCCAUCGUCAUCAGAUAUCCUGGGUAGCAGUGACACCUUCUGUAAUCAAUCUUCUUCGACCUGAGGACGUGCCUAGUCUCCGUACAGUUGUACUGGGUGGCGAAGCAGUUACGCAUCAUCAUGUCAAUGUCUGGGCUGGCCGAGAGAACCUACGGCUCAUCAAUGGCUAUGGGCCGGCCGAAGCUACAAUCUGCGCCGCAGGUGUUAUUCCCGCAGUUGGCUGGCGAAUGGGAACUAUAGGGCCUAUCCUUGGUGCUGUUGGGUGGGUAACGGUUCCCUCAGACCCUGAGAGGUUGUCGCCACUAGGAGCUGUGGGCGAGCUUCUCAUUGAAGGCCCAGUAGUCACGAGGGGGUAUCUGUACCAUCCGGAGCAUGCCCCUACGGGAUUUAUAUCGCCACCACCAUGGCUUCAACGGUUUCGAUUCCCUAAUCAACCAGGACGGUUGUACCGAUCCGGAGAUCUGGUCCAGUACACAGCAGAUGGAUGGAUCCGGUUUGCGGGCCGCAGAGACACGCAAGUUAAGCUCCGUGGUCAGAGAAUUGAGCUAGGCGAGGUUGAACAUCAUGUUAGGUCGUGCAUUUCCGAUGCUUUCCAGGUUGUUGCCGAGGUAAUACCCCGCGGGUAUGACGGGCAGUCGGCAUUACUGUUUGCGUUUCUCUUGCAUGAAGAUAUCCGCAACCAAGAUGAUCCUAAUAGUGAGAAUGUAUUCGCAAUACCUGGAAAAAGGCUGCGGUCACAGAUUUCACAAGCUCGCCGCCAGCUGCUUGAAGUCUUGCCGUCGUUUAUGGUGCCUGCGGCCAUGGUCCCUGUCUCGGAAAUGCCCUACACCAAAACCGGCAAGCUCGACCGGAAAAGAUUGCGAGGAGAGGCUGCUCGUUUGUCAAGUAGUCAAUUGCAGCAACUAGAAGGAACUCAAAGCCCGAAAGAGACUCCAUCAACGGAUCUGGAACUCCGCAUCCGCCAGGUCUGGGCGCACGUCCUGGUAAUUAACCCUGAGGAAAUUGGCAUCCAUGACAAUUUUUUCUCCAUUGGAGGAGAGUCCAUUUCUGCCAUGCAAGUCGUGACCCAGAGCUGGUCUACUGGAUUACUUCUGACCGUCGCGGACCUUUUUCAGUUUCAAACUAUCGCGGCAUUGGCAACUCACAUCCACAUCCAAGACCAGAGUCGGGAAGUUUUUGCCACCGUUCCGUUUUCUCUCAUAAAUAGUUCUGAUAGACUUGAAGAUAUCUUGGCUCUUCUUCAAUCGACACGUGGUGUUGAGAACGACGUGGUAGAAGAUAUAUAUCCUUGCACAGCUCUACAGGAAGGCUUGAUAGCACUCACAGCCAAAAAUGGGAGUGCUUAUGUCAACGAGCUCAAGUAUCAAUUACCAGGCGAUGUUGAUCUGACUCGUCUGGAAGCAGCAUGGCAUGCUACGAUGGCAGCAAAUCCAGUUUUGCGCACGCGGAUUAUCCAGCUAGACGCGCGACGGUGUUAUCAAGUCGUUCUAUCAGAAGACUCCCACUGGCAGCUUUACCCGGAUAUGCAAACCUACCGUCAGGAGUCAAGGGCUUAUUUCGGAUUAGGUAGACCUUUGGUUGACUUGGUGGCAGUGAAGCAAUCCCUACCGGUCAAAGGAUACAUUUUGAUGCUUCGGAUUCAUCAUGCCAUCUAUGAUGGCUGGUCUCUGCCGAUUAUCUUGAACCAGAUUCAAAGGGCCUAUGAUGGCCACAAAUUGAGCGUCAAACCCUAUGCCCCGUUCAUCAAUUAUUUAGAAGCACAGAAAACAGCAGGAGCUGAGUUCUGGCAAGGAGAGCUUGCGUCUGCCGACACAGCUACGUUCCCAGAGAUGCCUUCCCCGUGUUACCAGCCCACCUCACAGGCCACCAUUACGCAGACUGUCCCUAUACAGCAACAACCCAAUGAUGGAAUCACUCUAGCUGUCAGGUUACAUCUAGCAUGGGCACUUGUUGAAUCUCAAUACACUGGUUGUAGCGACGUCGUAUUUGGCGUCACAACUACCGGUCGAGCUGCCCCAGUACCGGGAAUUGAGCAGAUGACGGGCCCAACUCAGGCGACAAUACCCAUGCGAGUACAGAUUGAUUCCAACCAGACGAUAAUUGGGGCAUUAAAUCAAUGCCAAAGCAAGAUCAUGAGCGUCAUUCCGUAUGAACAAUUCGGACUGCAGAACAUCAUGCAGUUGGGGGACUCCCAUGCAGCGGCCUGUCAGUUCCAGACGCUACUGAUCAUUCAACCUGCAGGGAAGCCGCGAACGGAAAUUUUAUUCUGUGAGGAGGAGAUACUAUCGGAACUGUACGGAUUCAACCCGUACGCUUUGAUGCUGAUAUGUCAGUUGACGACCGAUGCGGUCGAGGUGCGGGCUAUAUUUGACGCCAAUGUCAUACCUAAGGCGCAAAUUGAUCGGAUCCUUAGACACUUCGGCCACAUACUCCAGAAACUGGGCGUACUGGAGUCGGACGUUCCGAUUUCCCAUUUAGAACAACUUAGUGCGGAGGAUUUGGCAGACCUGGCAUCCUGGAAUCAUCUAGAAUCAGCUCCUCUGGAGCUCUGCAUUCAUGAUGCUAUCCAGGAGCGUUGCGAUUCCCAGCCCGGUUACCCUGCAGUUUGUGCUUGGGAUGGUGAUCUUUCUUAUCGAGAACUUGACACCUUGUCAUCCACAUUGGCCCUGCAUCUCCGAAGCCUAGGGGUUGGGUACGAAAUCAUUAUUCCUAUAUAUCUUGAAAGGUCGUGUUGGGUCCCCGUGGCUAUGCUUGGGGUUAUCAAGGCAGGAGGCGCCUUUGUCCUGCUCGAACCGGCCCAUCCUGUUGAACGGCUGCAGCAAAUAUGCCGGAGCAUCAAGGCCGAAGUAAUUGUCACAUCAAGCCAAUAUAAAUUGGCUACUGCCGCACUUGGGGUGCAUAAGGUUGUGACUCUGAGUGAUGACGAAACUGAAUGGCGAGCGAAUGACGCUGGAGAUCGACGCUUUUUGGCGACUUCUUUUAGUCCUCGUAACACCCUCUACAUUGUCUUCACUUCAGGCUCGACUGGACAACCCAAGGGAGUUGUCGUUGAGCACCGAUCUUUUUAUCUAAACGCCAUAAGCUACAUCCCCUUGAUCAAGCUGAAUCGUGAUUCUCGUGUCUUUCAAUUCUCUGGCUUCGCAUUUGAUCUCAUUGUUAUGGAGGUUUUCAGUACACUUAUAGCCGGUGGAUGCAUCUGCAUACCCUCGGAGUAUGAUAGGAGCAGUCGAAUUACGCAGGUUUUGUCCGCUAUGAAAGUCAACUGGAUGCUUCUGACGCCAUCGGUGGCUCGCACAAUGUUCACUCCAAGUGAUAUUCCAACCCUUCAGACUCUUGUUCUCGGUGGCGAAGCCAUGAGAAAAAAGGAUAUCGCCACUUGGUCUCCCACAAAGCACUUAAUGAAUGCCUACGGUCCUGCUGAAUGUAGUGUGAUCACCACUGUGCAUACAUCUGUCACUGAACAGUCGCACGCACAAAAUAUUGGCCGACCAUCGAGUUCAGCCAUCUGGAUUACUCACCCCCAAAAUAGUGAUCAACUGCUGCCGGUAGGUGCUGUCGGCGAAAUUUUGAUUGAAGGUCCCAUCGUUGCCCGAGGUUACUUGAAUGAUUCAGCCAGGACGGACGCUUCAUUUAUACCAGCACCGCAUUGGCUGCAUCAUUUCCGUAAUAUAUCGGCACCACAAAGUCGGCUUUACCGAACGGGAGACAUGGGUCAGUACCAAGCUGAUGGUUCGAUCCUGUUUCUCGGACGCCGAGACGGCCAAGUCAAACUGCGUGGGCAACGCAUCGAAUUGGCGGAGGUGGAACACCAUGUCCAGCACCUUUUCCCCAAAAGUCGUGAAGUGAUUGCUGAUAUCAUUCAACGUGAUCUGUCCAGUGGGCCUGUACUAGUUGCAUUAGUUGCCUGUGGCUCUCGUGUCGAGGAGGUCUCGCAGAGAACUGACAGCCUGUUGAGCGAGCCUGGAGAGGAACUUUUCUUAAAGUUGGUCGAUUCUGCACGCUCGAAGCUGGCACGUACACUACCUCACCACAUGGUGCCAACUUUCUUUCUGCCACUGAAUCGGGUGCCGCUAUCAAGCACGGGAAAAGCUGAUCGGCGCCUGCUACACCAUCAUCUAUUAAGCCUCUCCUCGGAGGCGUUCGUUGCCUUUAAUGGAGGCAAAUCUCGCAAGGCCACAACAUGUGCAGAGGAAAGGACGCUACAAACGCUUUUCUAUCGAGUAUUGAGCUUAGCUCCCACCGACAUCAGCCCUGACGCCAACUUCUUCCAGAUAGGAGGCGACUCCAUUGUCGCCAUGAAACUUGUGAGCGAAGCGAGACUGGCCAAUGUGGAGUUCACUGUAGCAGACGUUUUCACCUACCCCGUGCUUUCAGAUUUGGCCAAAGUCAUGCGCCAUAUCACACUCCAGCCUGUUGCUCUCGUUCCCUUUGCCCUUCUCCCUGAGGAGAACCAGCGAACUCGCAUACUGCAAAUGGCGGCAGAGUCGUGCGGGAUGGAGGUGGACAAAGUGGCAGAUAUAUAUGCGUGUACACCACUGCAGGAAGGACUAAUGGCGCUCACUGCACAAAAUUCAAGCAUGUAUAUCGGCCAGCUCGCAUUUAUGCUGGCUGAAGGUAUUGAUAUCCUUCGGUUACAAGCUGCUUGGCAGAACAUCGUCGAUGUGAAUCCCAUCCUACGAACUCGCAUAGUUCAAAGCGAGGCCGAUGGGUUCCUUCAAGUGGUUGCCAAACCAAGCCAAAUUAACUGGCGAACACACCACUCUAUCAAGGCAUAUCUCAAUGAGGACUUGAUUCAACCUAUGAUGAUUGGACAGACACUGGCACGGUUUGCCAUCAUUCAACCGCAACUAUACCAUGAUCAGGAUUCCGUGUACAUGGUGUUGACACUACACCAUGCACUCUACGAUGGAUGGUCACUGCCCUUAUUGUUACGCCAGGUUGACAUGGCCUACCAUAACGAGUCGCCCCAAGCAUACCCCUUUACCCCAUUCAUCCAAUAUGUGAUCACUAAUGGAAGGGGUCCGGCAGCCCAAGCUUUUUGGAAUGCCGAAUUCGCUGCCCUUGAGGCACCUCCAUUCCCAGCAUUGCGUCAGUCAGCCUUUGCACCCCAGAUACCUUCCAGACGGGGGAGUGUUGAAACCACCGUUCCCAUUGAUUUCCAAGCCAAUGCAACCGUCACUCUCUCCAAUAUCAUCCGCCUAGCCUGGGCUAUAGUAGUAUCCGCAUACACUGAUAGUGAAGAUGUUUUGUAUGGGGUGACCGUGACUGGUCGCAAUGCGCCAGUUCCCCAUAUUGAAGACAUGGCAAGCCCGACCUUUGCAACUGUCCCAUUUCGGGUUCGACUGCUGGCUGGUACCACUGUUUAUACUGCGCUCGAUGAAAUCCAGAAGCAUGCUACUAACAUGAUUCCCUUUGAGCAAAAUGGAUUACAAUAUAUUCGUAAGAUGGGCCCAGAGGCUGCGGCAGCUUGCAAUUUUCGGAGCCAAUUGGGUGUUCAGCUUGCUACAGAAAUAAUCGACGACUCAAGCUCGCUGAUGAAGAUACAAAAUCCUUUAGGCACGGGAUUCGACCGCUUUGCCAGCUAUCCUCUAGUGUUGAUUUGUAACCUGAGCGCGCAGAACGACAUUGUUCGCAUUCAAGCGAAUUUCGACCUGGACGUAACUUCUGCCGAAGAUGCCGAAAUAAUGCUGGCUCAAUUAGCCCACGUCUUGCAGCAGUUGUGCAAGGUAGACAAUUCCACCCAGCUUCUGGCCGACAUCGAACUUGUCAGUCCGGAUGAUUGCAUAAAGCUUCAGCGCUGGAAUGGUCAUCUUCCUGAUCCUAACCAAUCUACGCUUCAUGACCUUGUGCUAAAACAGGCUCGAGAAAGACCGACAGCAGUAGCGGUCUCCACAACUUCCCAAAAAAUGACGUUUGAGGAGCUAGAUACUCUUUCCAGUCAUUUGGCUCACCAUUUGGUCUCUCAUGGUGUUAAGCCAGGCGACUUUGUUCCAAUCUGCUUUGAAAAGUCAAUAUGGCCAGUUGUUGGAAUGCUGGCCGUUCUCCGCGCGGGGGCAGCGUGUUUUAACGUGGAUCCGGCCCUACCACCUGGUAGAGUACGUAAGAUGCUUCGGAGCAUCGGCCCUCACGUCGCCUUGAGCUCUCAUUCAAAGAAAACGCACCUGGAGGGGUGCGCUCAAAGUCCUCUUCUGGUAUUCACAGUACCAUGGGGUUCUCUGCCUAUCUCAGAAACACCUUGGAUACCGCCGAUAGUCGAAUCGAAUGAUGCUGCAUUUCUAAUUUUCACAUCAGGCAGUACAGGCACUCCAAAGGGGAUCAUACUAGAGCACAUGAACCUCUCAACCAGCAUCUACCAUCACAGCAGUGCACUUCAGGUGGAUCAGAACAGUCGAUCUCUACACUUUGCAGGUUACGCGUGGGAUGCUAGUGUCUACGAAAUUUUUACCACUCUUGUUAAUGGCGGAUGUGUUUGUAUUCCCUCCGAAAAGGAAAGAAUAAACGACCUGGCAGGCUUCAUUCGUCGAAGUGAGAUCACAUGGGCCACACUAACUCCAUCUGUUAUGGCUCUCCUUGAUCCCGACGAAGUGCCAAACUUGCGUGCAGUCUCUUUAGGUGGCGAGGCGAUCAGCUAUGAAAUUGUCAGUAUCUGGGCCGACCGUAUUUACCUGAUCAACGGAUAUGGUCCUGCAGAAGCAACAAUUUGCGCUGCGGGACGUAUUCCCGCCCAAGACUGGGAGAUAGGCACCAUUGGCCCGAUGUUGGGCUCUGUGGGAUGGGUGACCAUGCCAUCCGAUCCCAGCCGGUUAGCCCCAUUGGGGGCCGUGGGAGAGCUCCUGAUCGAAGGCCCUGUGGUGGCCCGUGGCUACUUGAACCAAGAACAGAAAACGAGAGCGGGUUUCAUUGAGCCGCCGGCUUGGAUUUCUCGCUUCCGUCCCCAAGCCACCGGGCGGAUCUAUCGAUCUGGUGACCUAGUCCAGCUUACCAAGAAUGGUUGGAUCCGCUAUGUCGGUAGAAAGGAUACACAAGUCAAGUUACGCGGCCAACGUAUUGAGCUCGGCGAAGUAGAACACCAUAUCCGUUCUCAUACUGACACUCGCGAGGUCGUAGCUGAGGUCAUCAUUCGAGGGGCGGGACCGCCGGUGCUGGUCGCCUUUGUCCUGUAUGAUUUCCACGGAAAGAAGGAUGACAAUGUGUUUGCGUUGCCAAGUGAUGCUUUUUGCAGGCAAGCUAAGAUGAUUCGUGCGCGGAUACAAGACCAUCUACCCUCUUAUAUGGUGCCCACCGCAAUCAUACCGCUCCAAUUUUUACCCUCAACGCCAACUGGGAAGACAGAUCGCAAACGCCUAUGUGAAGCGGCAUCUCAGCUGUCAAACAGUGAUUUUGCGCGCUAUGUAGAUGGGUUGGAGAGUUCUAAACGAUCUCCAUCCACGGAUAUGGAGGUUCUGCUGCAAAGCCUCUGGGCGCGAAUCCUCAGGCUACCGGUAGUAGAUAUCGGAGCAGACGACAGCUUCUUCCGUCUCGGGGGAAAUUCGAUUGACGUGAUGAUGUUGGUCACCAUGGUAAGAAAAGUGGGAAUCGACUUGUCUGUGACCAGUGUCUUUAAACAUCCAAAACUUUGUGAUCUCGCCAUCGCCGCCAAACUCGGCUCUCCUCGGCGGACCGGUUCUAUCGAAUCUUAUCAGCCCUUCUCAUUGCUCAAUCUGACUGACUCCGAAACAUUCAUUCUGGAUCAAGUAGCUAACGGUCGGCCUUUCGAACAAAUCGAUGUUAUCGACGCUCUUCCCACAACACAGUUCCAAAGAGAGCAGAUACAUCGCGACCUGCGUCACUACUUCAUGGUCCACAUCCCUGGACCAGUGGAUGUACCACAUCUGGAGACUGCGAUUCAAAGGGUUAUCGAAAAGUAUGAGAUACUACGCACCGUUUUUGUACCGCUCCAUAAUACUCUGACCCAAGUUACCCUGCGCCGCAUUGUCAGUUCCUUAAACAUUAUCAAAAUCAAGAGCGAUGUGAAGGUCGCGGCCAAGGCUCUCAGUCAGGAAGAUUGUCUCGCCUCUCUUACGAUUGGGACUCCAUACUUUAAGCCAACAUUAGUCACUGGACCCGAACAGUCCGUAUUAGUCAUUCGGAUAUCUCACGCGCAAUACGACGGAGUCUCAUUUCCCUUUCUAUACUCGGAUUUGACCCGUGCCUACCAAGGCCAUAGUUUGGCUCCCGCGAGACAGUUUUCUGACUACAUGCGAUAUCGGGUAAAGUGCCGUUCGCCACAAGCAUGGAAUUUUUGGAGAGAGCUUUUGCAAGGUUCCUCGAUGACCCAGCUAGAUCCAUAUUCCCUUGGGGGUCAUGCUUCGCCAGGUUUGAAAAUUCUCAUCCAUCGACGCACCAAAAUCAGUUCGCCUACCUUGCCUGAAGAUAUCACAAUCGCAACGGUCUUCAAAGCCGCAUGGGGCCUAACUCUUGCACGGCUUACAGGCCUAAACGAUAUCGUAUUUGGCCAAGUCGUCCACGGUCGCAGUGUACCUUUAGACGGAGUUGAAAACAUCCUCGGGCCCUGCGUCAACAUUAUCCCCGUUCGGGUGCCCCUGCAGCGGAAAUGGCGCUCAAUAGACCUCUUGUAUUACCUCCAGGAUCAGCAUGCAUGUACUCAAGCCUUUGAUACAGUCGAUUUUGAAGAUAUUGUUAGCCAAAGUACCUCAUGGUCAACCCAGACACGAUUUGGAAGUAUCGCCCAACAUCAAAAUAUGUCGGUCACUUCUCAAGUGACUUUUGAUAGUCUCGAAUGUACGACCGAAACGCACUCAUCAACUGACAUCCCAGAUACAUGCUAUGCCAUCUCUACUCCUCAGGGAUCUGGUUUGAUGAUUGAGAUUGUUGCUUCUAGUCACAUGCUCAGCACAGAGACUGCUGAUCGUCUCCUUGCUGGGCUGUCCCAGAUGGUCUUAGAUCUUUCCUUGCAUUCGAUAUCACUGGUUGCCAACCUUCUAGGUGAUCAGGACCUAGCUGCCAGCUGA